CGUCGUCGCUUGCUUCCCGUUCCUCUCUCACUUGUAACAAUCAACUCUCUCUUCAUUGUUUCUCCCACUCUCUCACACAUAGCGAGACCUGCACCGUCACCACGCUUGUAGACUGCCGCGUCGUUGUCUCACCCAUACCACCAACACAUACCAACACUCAACUCGCCACCACCCUCCCCACCUCGCGUGACUAACUGAUACCUACCAACCAUGUCUACCGCAGCGAAGAGGCGAUUGAUUCGUGACUUCAAGCGCCUCGCGACCGAGGCUCCCGAGGGUGUGUCGGGCUCGCCAUGCCAUGACAACAUCAUGAUCUGGAACGCGGUCAUCUUUGGCCCGCCCGACACGCCGUUCGAGGACGGGUCGUUCCGCCUCACGCUCACCUUCACGGACGCGUACCCCAACAAGCCGCCGACGGUGCGCUUCGUGUCGCGCAUGUUCCACCCCAACAUCUACAACAAUGGCGAGCUGUGUCUCGACAUCCUGCAGAACCGCUGGAGCCCGACGUACGACGUCGCUGCCAUCCUGACCUCGGUGCAGAGUCUGCUCAACGACCCCAACCCCAGCAGUCCCGCCAACGUCGAGGCAGCGACCCUGUUCAAGGACAACAAGCAAGAGUAUGAGCGUCGCGUCAAGAUUACCGUCGAGCAGUCUUGGGUAGACGAGGAGGAGCUCGUCGCUCAGGCCGCCGCGGCCACGCCCACCGAGGAGGACGCUCGGCCCGCCGCGCCCAUCCCGGCGUAGCCGCCUACGCGGCCUGGCCUCUACCCUCCCGCGAUCACCGCGACCACACGACCCACCCCCCCACCCUCCCCCCGCCUGCAUCGUUGUCACUCUGUACUAGCAAACGGACCAUCCGUCACGGCAUUAUACGAGCCUCACUGUCCUCCUCGCACUAUCCACUCCAUCCCCACGCUGUCCGUCCCAUGAUCUCCAAUGGCAAGUCACUGUACCUCGCCAUACUAGUGUGAAUGCAUAUGUAUUCUGUUCG